CUUUCACCAAUCGGCAUUUUUCUUGAUUUUUGGUGAGAGACUUCAUUAAAGAGAAAAAGGAGAUUCCCUCGCCGGAAUAAUCACCGGAGAUAAAGAAAAAGAAUGGCGUCUUUAAAAUUUCCAUUGGAGAUUCUCGCCGUCUUCGUCAUUAUCUCCGUGAUUCUCUUGCCGAUUGCUCAUGCGCAAUCACCUUCGCCUGCUCCUGCACCCACCAACGAUGGAACAUCGAUAGAUCAGGGGGUAGCAUAUGUUCUAAUGAUGGUGGCUUUGGCGUUGACUUAUUUCAUCCAUUAAACUUGAUGGAUCCCAAUUUGUUCUUUCUUCACAGUUAUUUUGUGUUCUUAAUUCUUAUGCCUUCUUUUGUUUAUUUUGUUCUUGUGACGUGAGAUUUGUAGAAAAUCAAAUGAUAGCUAGGUUUUGAACAUCA